CUGCCUCUGCUGGCGCGUCGCGGACAUGGCGGGCUCCCGGCUCCCGCGGCAGCUCUUUCUCCAGGGCGUGGCCGCGAUCUACAUGUUCGCCUUCGCCUCUCUGUACACGCAAGUCCCGGGCCUCUAUGGCCCCGACGGCAUCCUGCCUGCUCGGAGGACGCUGCGGCCGCAGGGCAAAGGGCGCUGGCGGCAGCUGUGGGAGACGCCGACGCUGCUCUGGGAGGCGCCCGCGCUGGGGCUGGACACGGCCCAGGGCCUCGAGCUGCUCAGCCUGCUGGGCACGCUGCUGGCCCUGGGCACCCUGCUGCUGCGCCCGCUGCGCCACCCCCUCGUCUACCUGCUCCUCUGGGCUGCCUACCUGUCCGCCUACCAGGUGGGCCAGGUGUUCCUGUACUUCCAGUGGGACUCUCUGCUGCUGGAGACGGGCUUCCUAGCCGUGCUGGUGGCCCCGCUGAGGCAGCACUGCCGCGGCAAGCAGGCCCUGCCGGAGACACCCCACGACCACCUCCCCUUCUGGCUGGUGCGCUGGCUGCUCUUUCGCCUCAUGUUCGCCUCUGGCGUGGUGAAGCUGACCAGCCGCUGCCCGGCGUGGUGGGGGCUCACCGCCCUCACCUACCAUUAUGAGACGCAGUGCCUGCCCACGCCAGCUGCCUGGUUCGCUCACCACCUGCCAGUCUGGCUGCACAAGCUCAGCGCUGUGGCCACCUUCCUUAUCGAGAUCGCCGUCCCACCACUGUUCUUCUCACCCACUCGCCGCCUGCGUCUGCUGGCCUUCUACUCCCAGGUACUGCUGCAAGUCAUGAUCCUCCUGACUGGCAACUACAACUUCUUCAACCUGCUGACACUCGUGCUCACCAGCGCCCUCCUGGAUGACCAGCACCUGGCAGCCAGGCCCGAGCAGGGCCACCGCAGGAAGAAGGCCACCUCCUGGACCCAGGCCCUGCUGGGCACACUGGCCCUGCUGCUGGAGCUGGCCGUCUACGGGCUCCUGGCCUAUGGCACCGUGCACUACUUUGGUCUAGAGGUCAACUGGCAGCAGCACACUAUCCACUCCAGAGUCACCUUCACCUUCCACCAGUUCUCCCAGUGGCUGAAGAUGGUGACCCUGCCCACCAUGUGGCUGGGCGCGGCCUCCCUGGCCUGGGAGCUGCUGACUGCCCUCUGGAGGUGGACCCGGGUACAAGGCUGGCUGCGGAAGCUGUGUGCCUCGGUGGAGCUAUCAGUGUGGGGUGGGGCCACAGUGGCCUUGUUCUUGAUCAGCCUGGUGCCAUACUCAUACAUGGAGCCUGGGACCCACGGGCGCCUCUGGGUGGGGACGCACCGCCUGUUUGGAGCCGUGGAACACUUGCAGCUGGCCAAUUCUUACGGCCUCUUCCGCCGGAUGACCGGUCUGGGUGGGCGGCCUGAGGUGGUGCUGGAAGGCAGCUAUGACGGACAUCACUGGACGGAAAUCGAGUUCAUGUACAAACCUGGGAACAUGAGCCGGCCACCUCCCAUUGUGGUCCCUCACCAGCCACGCCUGGAUUGGCAGAUGUGGUUCGCCGCCCUGGGCCCCCACAUGCAUAGCCCUUGGUUCACGAGCCUGGUUCUCCGGUUGCUGCAAGGGAAGGAGCCAGUGAUCCGUCUGGUCCAGAACCAAGUGACCAGCUACCCCUUCCACGAGCGUCCACCCACCUAUGUCCGUGCCCAGCGCUACAAGUACUGGUUCUCCCAGCCUGGAGAGCAGGGCCGAUGGUGGCGGCGCCAGUGGGUAGAGGAGUUCUUCCCAGCCGUGUCUCUGGGGGACCCGACACUGGAGACCUUGCUGAAGCAGUUUGGGCUUCAGGACAAGAGCCCAUCCCGGGCCCGCAGCUCUGGCACCCUGGCUCAGGCCCUCUACUGGGUACGCGCUUGGCUGUCCGCCCUGGAGCCCCCCAUGCUGCUCUGGGGGCUGCUCGUGGCUGUAGGCACCGUCAGAGCUCUGCAGGCCCUGCUGCCUGGCUCACCACUCCACUUGUCCCCACCAGCCAGCAGGGAGAAGCACAAGCCAGCCCCCAACCACAGCAAUGACACCUCACAGGCCACUCCGGCCCCCAGCCCCUGCAGCACCUCCCGGGCUUCCCGGCGGAAAAAGUAACCCCCAGAAGGCCCGUCCUGCCCAGGGCAGGCCUGCCACAGGGCACAGGCCCCACCAUGGUGCCUUCGCCAUCCUGUCAGGGCAGAUAUGGGCCAGGGUGCUACCCAGGACUGGCCAGUGCUGAGGGUCCACCGAUCUCUCUCACACCAACAGCAUCCCUGCCUGGUGCUGUAGGAGGUGGCCAUGUGGCCCUGCUCAGGACACUUCCCAGAAAGUUGUAGUGGAGCCAGGGCAACCCAGCCGCCACGGUCUGACCCUGGAGCCCGGCCCUGCGCCAGAGCCAGACUGGUGCCCCAGGGAGCUCACAGCGGUGUCAUCCUGAAGAUCUGUGCGUCUGUGAAGACGUCUCAAGGGCUGGCCACCUGCCCAGAGUGCCUGGCCCAGCUGGCACCAAUACAUUCACCUGGGACCCAGCAUGCACUGACACAGGACCUGAACCCCUGUCCGCAUGGGAGUCCAGAAGGGUUUGGCCCAGCCCCAGCUGAAAAUAAACAAAAGCUUUUUCUAUGGAGGACUUAA